AUGAGACAGUAUCUUAAGAAAAUACGACGCAAAAUCAAAGGCAGCGACAAGCAGCCUAUGCCAGUGAACUCCCAACCUUCACCUGACUUAAAGAAAUGCAAGGAAAGCUCAUCUGCUGUUGUGAAGACAUUAAAACCCACCUACCCGCCAGACAAAUCACUUGAACAUAAUCAGCAAAACGAAUAUUUUGGAUCAAAAGACUUGUGGCAGGUUGCCUACGAGAGUGGAAAACCGAGUAAUGAAGACCGACAAAAUCUGUCACCAACCCAAGCCACUACUGAGUCAAUUUGUGUUGAUGGCCAUGACCAUCAUGUCAAAGCACUGCAAUUGAUAGGUGAGGUUGUCCGAUUGACUGAGAUGCAAUAUGAGGACUAUUGCAAGGGGGGAUGGAACAUAAGUCAAGGGGCGGGCAAGGAAGAUGUAAAGCUUCGGGAUAUCGAACAGAGAAUACUUAAUGCUACGCUAUCUUUCAAAGAUGUCCUCAGCAAAAUGACUCAAAACCAUAUCAAAAUACGAAAUUCUCUAUUCAAAUCUUCUGGAUCUCUCACUGAUGUCCUUGCUCGCUGUGCCCUCAUUGAAAAGGAACAAUAUUAUGAAGGUCAAUUUGAAACCAAAAGCGAAUUGAAAAAGGCUAUUAUUCAAGCCUAUGUUGGUAUACUGAAGUACACAGCACAAGUACAUGCAUUGCAGAAAGCUGGAGCAGGGUUGAAAAUGCUAGAGUGUGUUUCUGAAGCAACUGAACACCCAAUUAUACAAUUACAAUCUUAUAUUGAAAACGACGAACGGAAACUGCACCACUGGAUCGAUAGGGAUCAGCACCUCAAGCAAAGCAAGCAAGCAGAAAAUAUACUUGCUGGAAUUGAGAAAAUCUUUAUUUCAAUCCGAGACCUCCACCAAAAACUUGAUCUCCAUAACCUACAGAAUGCUGAGGGAGCUUCAUUUGACUCCUAA